AGUUAACACCGGGAGCCUGUAACCCUGACACUCGGGCUCCCUCCCCGGUCCUCCCUCACUUCCCUUCUAUACGUGUAAACAAUGGCUAGUCACCGAGGUACACUUCUAGUCAUCAGUAUUUUUCCCUUCUUCCUGCUCCUCCAACCCUCUUGUGGCCGGGAUAUAGAGAGAGAAAUGACGGUGGAGGUGAAAGCAGGGACGGAAGAGUGUUUCUACGAGACAAUAAAGGCCGGUGAAACUCUUGAUGUAGAGUACCAGGUCAUUGAUGGUGGUCAAGGAGAGCUAGACAUAGACUUCUACCUCGCAGGACAAACCGGGGAAAUUCUUCUGCAGGAUCUGCGGCGCUCUGAAGGCAAUCACAGGACCACGAUCAGCGAGGAGGGUGACUAUCGGAUAUGCUGGGACAACACUUUCUCCCACUUCAACACCAAGACUGUCUUUUUUGGUAUCACUGUUGAGAGUGAUGAAGAUGAUGACCUCUGGGACGAUGGUCUGGAAGAAACCAUCACAGCAGAGGAGAUUUAUGAGAUGAAGAUUGAAGACAUCAAGGAUGCAAUGGGGAGGAUUCGCGCUCACCUCACCAAGUCACGGUUCACACAGGAUCAGCUGAGGGCAUAUGAGGCACGGGAUCGCAACCUGGCCGAAAGCAACUGUACCAAAGUGACUACCUGGUCAAUAAUCAACAUUACUGUCAUGUUGGUGACUGGUCUUAUUCAGGUUAUAUUGUUACGAAGCUUGUUUGAUGACAAAUCUCGACUACAUGGAAUAUGGAAGAAGGGAGCUCCAUCUACAUUUUCCUAGGGGGUGGCUAGUUAGGUUUUAUUGAUGUGUGUAGGUUUUUAACUUUUGUCUUUCCUCGUGGUUCUGAGCACAGCUUUGUCAGAGGCAAGGAAGGGAUUGUGAAGGUGUGUUGAACUACUAUUUUUUAUUUUAUUUUAUUUUUUUCAAGUUUUUUAUUUUAACCAUUUUAAGAUUUUAAAGACUUGAAACUUGUGCCUGUGCUGACCUGAGUACACAUGGAAAGUGGUGCGUUGGGGACGGUGUGUUGUGGUAUUAUAAUAGUUACCAGUUGUCAGGGAGUGAAAGCACAAGUGUCACUUUAUGAGUGGUAUGCUUUAGUGCACGAAUAAUCAUUGCAGCAAUAAUAUCAUGAAAGGCUUGUAUAUAUUGUAGUAUGUUUGUGAAAUUGUGACUGCAAGAUACAUUGUAUUUUUAAUCACAGUGUGUUAUGGACCAACUGGCUGGUUCUGAGGCUCUUUUAGGUCAGUAUGUCAAUGCAAAAGGGCAUUUUAUGUUUCUCAGUACCUUAAAAGUUUUGCAGUUUUUAAUAAGUGCCAUAUUUAAUAUUAUUGUGCUUUGAAUUACACUCAAGGAUGUGUUAUUUGUCACACUAAGUUGCUUAAGUCAUUACAUUUCUUCAUUCAUUCUGCUGCAGAACAUCCCACUGGAUAUCAUUCACCACAAACAGAAUCAGUAAUGUCACUUUGUGUACAGACAAAACUGAGUGACGCUAAGUUGUACAGCAUGAAAAGAACUUUAGAUCUCUAUAGUAUGGAAAGAUUUACCAUUAAUUAAUGUGUAUAAAAUUAAUUUAUAAUUGGUUCAUUCAUAUGAAGAGUAGAGAAAUGGAAGCAGGUUGUAUUAACAUAUUUUGCACAGGGAAUGGAUGGCAAGCAAUGUGUGUUUUGUGCAAGAUGAUGCUCUGUACUAAACUAUCAGUAUUAUAUGCAAAAUUGGCAGUGCUGUCACUCACAUUGCAGAUUGAUCUGAUGCACAUGAAGCUAGUAGCUGUAUGCCAUGUGUGUUACUAGUGUGUUACCACCUGCCAUGCAUAGAAUUCUGAAUAGUCACACUGUUGUAGUGAAUGCUAUCCCACUGGUGGAGUAGUAUUUUUUUUCUAAUAUUUUGCGGUGGUGUGGAAAAGUAUUUAAUUAUUAUAGCCAGCACUUUUAUUCACAUACAAAGGGCAUUAUUAGUGAUGGGAAAUGAGUAAAUUGUGACUUCAUAAAUCUUGCACUGUGGCCAUGGAAGGCCUUCACUUUCUUUAACAUAUAAUUAAUGAUCCAAGAAUAAAGUGAAAGCUGCGAUUUAUAUAAAAUUACUGCUUCUAAUGUAGUUGUUCAUAACUUAAGAUUCCAAUGUAACUGUUAUUUUAGUAGUUUCAGUAAUUUGGCAGUUAAUUUUUUUAAAUGUCAAAAUAGCCUAUGGUGGUGUUGUGCUUUAUACCAUGCUUGUUAAGAUGACCAAAUGCAGUGUAUGUAUUAUUGUUAACCAAAACCUUACACAAUACAACUCAUACACAGUGCAUCACAGAAAGAGAAAGCACAAAUAAGGAUUUAUUUUGUUGGUAAUUUUUAAACAUACAAGCCUAACCCUUAAUGGAAAGAUAGUUAUUUGUAUGUUUAAGAUUGAAUUAUUAAAAUGUUGCUUUUGAUCUGCAACAGGAACUUCCUCACACUGGGAUCUAGGUGUUGAUGUCUGGAGCUAGAACUUUAAUUCCAAAAGUAACAUGAAUAUUUUCAAAAUACAUUAGGCAGUGGACUUUGCAGAUGUAACUGAACAGAAUAUAUUUAAAUUUUUAUGGUGUGACUGGAGCAUUCAGUCAUGGCAAGUGUUUGUGCAGUAAACAUUCACCCUUCCAGUUAACACAAAAUCAUGACUAGCUUUUUCAGGAAUUUUUAAAUAAAAUUAACUGAAAACAUU